AUGCCGCCAAGGAUAGCCGGGCGACCCCGAGGGAGAGGAAGGGGACGUGGUAGAGGACCACAACCCGAGCCCGAGGAACAAUACGUAAACCAUCCGCCACAAUCUCCACCUCGACCACCUUCGCCUCCACCUGCCCCUACAGUGGAUAGGACAAUCAUAAACACCUUUCUGAAAAAGAAGCCUCCAACAUUUGACGGAAGGGGCGACCCCGCUGAAGCAGAAUCAUGGAUACGUGCGCUCGAACGCUUGUUUGACCUACUGCAAUGCACAGACGAGGAACGUUUGGUUUGUGCCUCACUCCAACUGACAGGGUCUGCAGAUUAUUGGUGGGAGGCCUGCAAGAAGACAAUGGCCCCACAUCAGCUGGAGGGCCAAACUUGGGAUCAGUUCAAGACAGGAAUCUACGACAAGUACAUCCCCAAGAGCUAUAAAAAACAAAAUGAAACGGAGUUCUACAACUUGAGACAGGGACGAAUGUCAGUGACGGAAUAUGAUCGCGUCUUCUUUGACCUGUCCAGGUACGGUGCUGAUCAAGUGGACACGGAUGAAAAGAUGUCCGAGAAAUUUUGUACUGGCUUGAGGCACGAAAUAAGAGUAGCAUUGGCCAGUCGCGGCGGACUACCAUAG